UUUUCAGGACUUGUUAGGCUUAAUGUCUAUUGCGUGAAUUCUUUUACUUCCUCGUUGCACUAUGAGGGCGAUGGCUAUGAGCACCGAUCAGAAGCAGCAGAGUCGUCCGGCAUCCAUUUAUCCAAAGUUCCAUACAAGGGUCUAAGUUUCUUAACUGUCCAGUGUUUUUGCAUGUGAUUAUUUUACCAGGUACAGUCUUAUGGGCCACCAUUGUGAAUAAUGGUGACCUACAAAGUCAGAACAUGCGAUUGACUAGUGAUGACCUGAGACUUGAUGGUCUAACAUUUGUGCCAUUAACAUGUAACCAGGUUCAGUUACAUGCUGAUUCUUUUUUCUUUUGACAAAAGAAAAGUUAAAUGGUGAUUCACGUUGUUGUUCUACAUAAUUUUAAUGUUAACUUUUGACACAUAAAGAGUUGCUAAACACAUUCUUUUGCUCUGUUAGAGAGAAGAUAAUGACAGUCCCGAGGAAGAAAACUCAGCGCGGUCUCCGAAGAUUGGAGAAAGCUGAAAAGGCUGCUCAACUAGAUAAGAGUAUUGAAAGUGAACUAAAGGAGCGCCUAAGGAAGGGUGUCUAUGGUGAAAUUUAUAAUUUCCCCUUCAAGCAGUUUGAUACUAUCCUUGACAUGGAAAAAUAUGAGUUGGCUCUUGAGAUAGAAGAGGAAGAAGAAGGCGAGAUAGAGUAUGUUGAAGGUGAUGAUAUUGAGAUGGGUGACAUGGAUGAUAUGGAAGAUUUUGAAGGCUUUGGUGAUGAAGAUGGUGGAAGAAGACGAGGACAGGGGUAGCAGGCAAAAGACGCGAAUGUGAUUCUCCAGGCACGGCUUCAGUAACAUGCUUGGUGUCGAUGAUGUUGUAAUUUAGAUAAUUUUGCAUGUCUUUCUCGUGAUGACCGCACCUCUCUUCUAUGUGAUGGUAGUUUAGAUGUCGAUAUCGACUAGUAA